CCCUGAAAACACAAAUCGUUCGGUAUAAAUUUUAUUUAUUAGAAAAAUCAACAAUCGUUGAUAAUCCUUUGUUGGAAAGUAAAAAUUAAAAUUCAUUUGUCCUGGCAAAUGUUGAAUUUAGUGUUUUGAACACCAGAUGUCGUGUCAGUUAAUUCGGUCCACCCUUGUGUUUCGCUCUCGCCCGCGAAUACCGAUUUGUCAACGGGAAAAGAAGUUUGGGAUUUACAUGAAAUUGUCGUCACUUUGUCGGAUGUUUUUUCGUGAUAUUGACGUACGCGUGUGAUUUGUUUUUUGUGGAAUAUAUGGACAUUUUUUUUUUGAGGGAAAAAUUAAUCUUUGUUUUAUUGUGUGACCUCUCGGGAGAGAGAGGGAGUCUUGUUGUCUUCGAAGAGGCGGAUCCUGAUUGAACUAUUCCCGUUGGAGACGAGUGAGAAAAGGACUUGAAUUAUUUAUUUUCGGAUAAUCUUGUGAAUGUGAAAAAAAGGAUUGUUUUCACGUUGAAAAAAGUGAGGAGACGUGAGAAGAGAAAAUUGAGCGCUAGGAGAGUAAAGUCGGGAGGGUCGGCCUCCAUUUUGGGUGCGCGCGAGGUUAUUCAAGAGAAGGAACUUUUCUAUCUAUGUAUAAAACUGGGCAAUUUUUUUGUAAGAGUUUCCGAGAAUGGAUUUAAAUUGCUGUCAGAUUGAAAUGAUGAAGUAUAACCUAAUUUUCAAGGGUGAGUUCAUUUCUCGAUGUCAGAGAGUAAAGUAGGUUAAUGGUGGAGGCUGUUUUCCACCUCGUAACCUCGAUGUGGGAAAACGAGUCAGCUGGUUACAAUUCCCGGAUGGUGUGAAGAAACUGAUUUUUCCUUAUUAUAAAGAUUUUAUAGUGAACUUGUUUUUGUAAAGAAAAAACAUUGUUGUUGGAAGAAAAUAGAAAUCAGUGUUUGUUAACCUCGCAAAGUCGUUAACCUCGUUUCGUCCAUUUCACCUGUGAUUUUCGAGAGUGUCAUCUUCUCUCUUUGUCGAGUGCCGGAUGAGAGGUAGAACAAGGACGUUUUGAGCUUUCGUGUUUUAUGUCAGAGCGUAAUGUCGGAUGCGCUCUUGAGGCGAGUCAUUUGGAUGAAAAACGAAGAUGUUCCGACGGGUGAAACGAGGUCAGACGGAGGAGGAGAACCUCGAUUAGACUGAAAAACGAUUUGAAUCCUGAGAGAUGGAUUCUCGUUGAAGUUUCGGUAAGACCGGAAGUGUUUAGCCAUAAGUGCUCUUUUCCGGUCGUGUUUAUUGAAACGUGUUUUUUUUCGUGUUUUAACAAAAAGUUUUUCAAUUCAUGAGUCAUUUCUUGAGCGGUGUUUUAGCAUACCCUGUAUAUAAGCAUAGCAACAAGCAUAUUGCUGGAAAUCCUUAUGUUACUCUCGUGCGAAAAGUGAUUCCAGUGUUGACCAGUGUGAUUCGAGUGUUUUGUUUAUGUUCAACCUGAAGGAUUAAAUACUUAAUUGAAUCUCUCUUCUUGGACUUCGAUAACCAAUUCUGGAAUGCAUAAGGCGAAGGAAAAAGGUUUUGUUGCGCAAACCGGAUGUGGAUCGGAGGUGUCCGGUUCGAGGGUGAAUAACGAAGAAGGUCGAGCCGCUUUUGAGCGGUUCGAAGGUCGGUGAGCACCGCGACGGGGCGAGCAACCCCGUUGCCUCGGUCAGCGUUUAGCCAAUCUUGUAUCUGCCACUGUCGCCGAACAACAGAACAGAUGUCCUGACAGCGGGCCACGGGCCACCAGGAUGCCGACAGACGAUGACUAUGGCCGAAGAGAACGUCUUCUGUUGCACCAGCACCCGAAUGCUCAAUACCGACCCCCAUCAACGUCUCCAGUUCCAACUUCCAUUUCCGGAAGUUCCAGACCCUCUGCGAUCCAAGUUGAAAACACCAAUUCCACGGACUGUUACCACAAGCGAGAUGGAUCUCGAGAUCGAUUCGAAAAGUCCAACGAAGAGAUCAAGGAGGAACACUCAGAGCAACGCUCAACACAACCAAACUGCGAUCAAUACAGUAUCGCCCAGAGUCAAGAUCGUUACCAGUCCACCAAUCAUCAAUACUCAGGAAGAUCAUCUUGUCAAACAAUCUCACAGAGUAUUUUGUCCGAUCGUUAUACGAGAUACAAUGAAUCCGCUGCAAUUCAUAAUCAACAAUCUUCAGGAUCUGUUUCGGAGAGAUAUGGACAUGGAGAUUCCGGCUUGCCGUCAUCUGCAAAUGAAUACGCCAACACCAGUAUCUUGGCAACAGCCUCAGGAAAUCCAUUCUCUCCAGAUACAUUCCCAUCACCACCAUCCCCAGCUCCAGCGAACGAUCGCUUCGUGCCACCACCGCCGCUCUCGCCCUGCCCCAGCGAAAAGUAUUCCUCAUCUCAAAGUUUGUCUGGUUACCCUCCUUCUGAUCGGGUGUUGUCCUCCAGUUCUCCGAGUCCCAGGGAUCGUUUCGGUACAGCACCAACUUCACCGAUUCCUUCAGCAAAAGAUAGAUUCUCCUCCUCGGAACGACUUUUGGCAUCGACAGCCUCAAUUCAUGAUACAAAGGAUCAGCAACGUUACACGGCAUCAUCCACCGAACGAUUACUUGCAUCCGCAUCGCCAGUUUUGGGAAAUUUACAAAAUGACAGAUGUCUAUAUGCCGCUGGUAAGGACACGAAUCAUUCAAAAUUUGGAAUUUCAUCGGAAAGAUUGGUAUCCUCCUCUCCUAUACAUGCACCAGUACCGGAAAGAUUUGCUGGAAAGUCUUCCGAUAGGUAUAUGGCCGAAUCACCAAUACACGAUCGAUAUCAAACUUCAUCGAGUAAUCGCGACAGAUUUGCCUCAAUAUCAUCAGUCACGGAAAGAUUUUUAUCGAGUUCUCCAAAUCCAGAGGGUGCACAUCAAAGAUAUUCCUCGAGCGAGAGAAUUUUAUCCUGUCCGAGUGCAUCAGAUCAGUCUAGAAGGUAUUCCAGUUCGGAGAGAAGCGCCAAUGACUCCUGUCAGAAAUACAUCGAGCGAUCGAGUUCGUCUCCGGUACCUGCCGAUUUUACCAAUAGAUUCACCGGAUUCCAGGACAUUGGACAGAGAUUUGUCAUUUCCAGCGAGAGGUUCAACGAAAUGUCCAUGCAACGCUAUGGGCUGUCCAGGUCGACGGACAGAUAUUUGUCGAAUGAACGAUACUUGGCGUCUAGUUCUCCGGCACACGAUGGCAAGAUGGUCAACGAUUCGAACAGACAUUCAUCGUCGUCAACGGAUCGACUUCUCGCCUCCUCAUCGCCUUCAUCAUCUGAAACGAGUCGUUACAAUCCAUCGUACGGCACUAGCAUCCAAUCAACGGCAGAUCGAUACAGUAUGUCGCCAACAUCUGACGGUGUCAAUACAGGACAUCGCAACUAUUCGCAGUCCUCAUCGAAAGGCAAUGACAAAUAUCUCCAAGUAUCCAAGUCAGCACAAAACUACGGCAAUGAUCGUUAUCAGCUCUCCAAUCAAAGUGAACAAUUCGAAAGAUCGACUCAGGAUCGCUAUAGCAUCGAAAGGUACACUGGUUCCAUCAACGGUGGUGCCGAUCGAUUUCAAUCCUCAAAUUCUGAACGCUAUCACAGUUCUGCUGAGCGUUAUUCUCCAGCUCGCACCAAUUCCGACAAGUACCUUUCUCUACCAAAACCAAAAGAAAGGUAUCCUACUGGUCGCAUAGCAACCUCCUGCACCUCUAUCACUGGCGGAUCUUCGGAGAGAAAUUAUGGAUCCGGAAAUGGAACUUACGUCCCACCCACUGCUCACACACCAGUUGAAAGAUAUGUGCCACAACCACCACCGGAAGUCCUCUAUCCGGACAGAUAUGUAGACAGAUAUGUGCCACCAAGCGUUCAUACGCCAGCCGAUCGUUAUGUGCCAGUGACAGAUCCAGGUGAUCCUUACAUGAGACGUGAUUUGGGGUUUCAUCAUCAUUAUCGACUACCACCGCCUGGAUAUGUCUAUCAUCAGACGCAUUUCCGGUUACGUGGUUUUGCGUACGCGUCACCGGGACGCCUCGGCGGCAGUCCCGGUUCAAGUAGUUCGAGUAGUUCAACUUCUGCACAAAGAGACAGUUUCUCGACGUCGCCUCUUUUAAGGCCAAAAGUGCGCGCUUCCGCGAUCGAAUAUAACGCGAAUCCGCCGACGACGACGACGACGUCUUCGUCGCGUCAUGUGUGUGCUAAUACGACUCCAUGUUGCUCUGAGGUCACUUCCGGACAAAGAGGAUGCUGCCAAACAAUCAGGAGGUCACUGCCACCAGGAGCACUGCCAUCGAUUCCAACACAGCCCGCCAUUUCUUCUUGGCAACCCUCGCCGAGUUCUGGUACAACUGGCACUUCAACCAUCUCCUCAAGUGGGCCUGAUGGUGAGAACGAGCAGAACAUUGGUAUGUACGCCGUUGAAGGUGCAUCAACGGAAACGUCGACGGUAACACCUGUCGAUAGCUCCCCAUCCCUUCCUCAAAACACAAUCAGCUCUUCCGGAACAGUCACUUCAGCCGGUACAACACCUAACAUUACCAGGAGUAUGUCAGCUCCAUCGGGUCAACGACCAUUGCCACCAGUAACCUCCAGUAAUUCAGCCACCAUGGGACAAAGGUCUAGGUUGAGGAGGAAUCCGAGCCGAACUGACGCCAUUCGAAAUUACAUUAAACGGGAAACUGCAAUUUUCUUUGGGAUUGACGAGGAAUCUGAAAAUUCUGAGAGGCAACGAUGGUUAGACAGAAGACGUCGGAUGGCAACCAGACGGUACGGACCCCUUCUUCCGGAACACAAACCGCCAGAUCCGGACAUCACGAGAGAUGUACCGGACACCAUGGAAUUACCUGAGUCUGUGACAUUAAGAAGAUGUCAGCAACCGCUUCAAAGAAAAGACUCUGUUGCAAGGAUGACAUUAUCCGGACUCCACUAUGUAGUUGAGACACUGACACGUCCAAGGCCAAAGGAUCGACCUGAGACUCGUUCGAAAUCGAGAAGUUUUCCACCUGGAACAUUAUCAACGUCCACCAGAGCGGAUGAAAGUUCCUUGUCGCAGGAAACACGAGUUGAAGAGGAAGAUUCAUUUUUUGAGAGACCACCAGCUCUACCGGCACCGCCGCUGCCUCAGCAAUCACACGUUCAGGUAGAGCAAUCAUCCUCCUCUACUUCGACGAAAGAGGAUGGAGUUACUAACGCAGCUGCAGAAUUCCAUGAACCUGCACCUGCAACCGAACGUGACACCUCGGAAGAAUUAUUGAGGUUGUCAUUUCAAACGAAUGAAAGAUCGUCAAUCGAUGGACAAAGUAGAAGACCUCGCUCUAUUACGAGGGAUCAUUAUAUUUCAAGAUCGAGACAAGAGUUUGCGAAUUCCGAUAUUGAAGUUCAUCCUAUUGAAGGUGUCACUUUAAGAAAAGAAAUUGGUGGAAAGAGAAUAUCACCGGCGACAAUUGACAGGAUUUUCGAUAACAGCAAUCGACGAUUAUAUGGAAUGGGAAUCGUGGGAAGAUUUUUUGGGCGAUCAUUUCGAAAGAGUGUGGCACACAAACCUGACGUAAGGAAACAAUUGGAUGACUUUGAAGAUCACCGGCCGUAUUUUACUUAUUGGAUCACCACUGUGCAAAUUUUAAUUUUAAUCAUUUCACUGGCUUGCUAUGGAUUCGGUCCAAUUGGAAUGGGUCUCACUCAAAAAUCAGGACUAGUACUAGUGACGAGUCUUUCUUUGCAACAAGUGGACUACCAGGAACCAUCAAAUCUCUGGAUUGGUCCAAGAGCAGCGGAUUUAAUUCAUCUCGGGGCAAAAUUUGCUCCCUGCAUGCGGCGAGAUAUAAAAAUUCUCAAAGAAAUCGACAUGUGGAGAGAAAGAGAAAGAGACACUGCUUGCUGCAUUAGAAAUGACGAUUCCGGUUGCGUACAAUCAAGCAAAGCCGAUUGUUCAAUUUAUAAUAUAAAUUUAUCUUUUCCAACCCAACUGGUCCGGGGAUUGAGAUCAACAAUGACGAAUACAAUAUCAACGUGGAAAAAGUGGGGACCCGGCGACAAUGGACCAGGUGGAAGAAUAAGCGGAUCAGUUUGCGGAUUAGAUCCAAAAUUUUGCGACGCUCCAGCAAGUAUUGCACCGUACGAAUGGCCCGAUGAUAUUACCAAGUGGCCAAUUUGCCGAAAGACAAAUCCAUUUAGUCAAAGAUUCAGUGGCAAUUUUAAUCAAGAUGGCAAUAGUAAUUUUCCCGUUGGUCGUUACAAAGAUAAAAUGGCCGAGCACAUGGUUUGCGAAGUAAUUGGACAUCCUUGUUGUAUUGGUAUUCAUGGAAUGUGUAGAAUUACGACAAAGGAAUAUUGUGACUUUGUACAUGGCUAUUUUCAUGAUGAGGCCUCACUCUGUUCACAAGUCGAAUGUCUUCAUGAUGUCUGUGGAAUGGUUCCAUUUUUACAUCCCGAAUGGCCCGAUCAAUUCUACCGGCUGUUCACUACAAUUUUUCUUCAUGCUGGAAUUCUUCACCUAGCCAUCACAUUAUUCGUGCAAUAUUUUCUGAUGAGAGAUUUGGAAAAAUUGACUGGUUCUCUUCGAAUUGCGUUGAUUUAUUUUAUAGGCGCUUUUGCUGGAAACUUGGCUAGUGCAAUAUUCAUUCCCUACAGAGCUGAGGUGGGUCCGGCGGGCGCACACUUUGCUCUCCUGGCAACGUUAAUUGUGGAGAUUCUUCAUUGUUGGCCAAUGUUAAAAUAUCCACGAAGAGCACUAUUCAAGUUAAUAAUAAUUCUCGUCAUUCUUUUGAUGCUGGGCGUAUUGCCAUGGGUGGACAAUUACGCUCAUUUAUUUGGUUUUAUUUUUGGUUUUCUCGCAGCCUACGCCUUCAUGCCAUUCAUUUCAUUUGGCCAUUACGAUCGUCGACGAAAAGUUCUUCUAAUUUGGAUAUGCACAAUUUUAAUUGUCGGUCUCUUUACAUUACUUCUCGCCUUAUUUUACAACAUUCCAGUUUAUGAAUGCGAAAUAUGUAAACUAUUCAAUUGCAUUCCAUUUACACGCGAUUUCUGUGCCUCGCAGAAUAUCAAUUUCAAGAGAGAAGAAUCUGUAUGACACAUGGGGCCGCGGUUCCCAGUCGAGCGCGAAGUACCGUUCGGCCCCCAAAUUAACGCUCGUUUCUACAUCCUUCAUGAUCAAUUACAAUUGAAAAUUUUGGCGGCGAUCUUUACUCUUGGACAUUCAUCACAUUCAGCAGACGGUAGCGAUCAAUCUCGAGAAUGGAGCGCCGUUCGACAAUGGGCUGAGAAUAAAUUUCCAAAUAAACUCUCAACGAAAAACAUGAGAUUUUCUCAAAGAUUUACAAACAAAAGGUAAAAAAAGGAAAUUUUCGUUUGAGAGAAAGCCCCAAAAACUGAAGCUAUUUUCGUAUGAAACAAAGAGAUACUCAUUUCAAAAGAGAAGAUACGAAAUUCUGCAUAGAUGUUCGACUGCAAAAAAAGUAAAAAAAAAAAUGAAAAAAAACAAUUAUUCGCUUCUAUCUUUCUCGCUACUGCCAAAUAAAAGAACUCUUGUUCGCCGACUGACGGCAAAUAGCAAUGCCUUAACAAAAAAAAAACAUUAAAACGAUCACCCGCGAAUUCAGCGGAAGGAGAAUUCUGAAAAGAAAAAUUUUUCACACUAGCGAAAGUCGAUGAAAUUUGUAAAUAUUAGGUAUUCAUUAUAAUGAAGAAAUCGCCGGAACCUUUUUGAUAGAGUCGGAGGCAGUUUCUUAAUAUUGUCCCUCCCCCCGAUAAAAUCCUUUUCCAAUUCUUCGUCAUCGAAUUUUGUUUUUUUUUUUAAAUAGUGCAAGAAAAGGUCCCUUUUCUCUUGUUAAUAUUAAAAAUUAAAAAUUGUACAUAUUUAAAA